AUGUCUGGUAUCGAUGGUGAGGAACCGCAUUCAGAGGUUCAUCAGUUUAUGAACAGAGCAGUAGCUAUGUCAGAUAUGGAUGUUCAGGAACCACUUUCAGAGGUUUCCAUUGAUCCAUCACGGCCAGUGAAUAUAGUUGAUGAGGACGAUGAUUGGGUUAUAGUCAAGAAACAGCGGAUCACCAUAUUGAUCCCUCCACUAUCACCUGCGGCUGCAAGCCCUCAAGCUGGCACACCCAUAGUAAGUUCUAGACAGGUUAGCCUACCAAGAAUGAGCAGGAGAAACUGCAAUGCUGCCACAAAGAAGCAUCCAAAAUAUUUUUCUACGAAGAAAUCUUUGGAGGGCCUUGGCGUCGACGCCUGCAUCAAGAAAUCUCGAACCUGCCCUUCUGAAAGAAUUGUUCAUGAAGAUGAUGCAAAGAUGAGGGGAGAAUCGUCACGAAGUGCUGCUGCCCUUGUUGUAAAGUCUGAGUGGACUAAACAUGCAGAUCAUGCUGUUGAAGGACUGUCCCAUAAAGCCACUGAGAAAGCAACAAGUCCACUCGGCAACAUGUAUGAUCCUGGGAUGCCAAUUAUUUCUUCAAAUGUCACAAAUAAGGUACUGCGAGCACGACUUCUUCAGAGACGGGUUGCUCGGUUCGGUGGGCUGAGGAAUUGGCUUUUGACUUGCGGUCUUGGAUGGUUUGUCAAAAAAUUGGACAGUGAAGGUAUUGGGAUGUAUCAGAUGGUCUCCCUUACAAUGAACCAGCUGAAAGAGAUGGGCCUUAUUGCCGUAGGACCACGGAGAAAACUAAUCCAUGCUAUUGACAGUGUCUGCAAGCCCGAAAAUGCAACUAAUGCUAUAAAAGCUUUAAGUAGAAAAUUAGAAGACAACAGUCGGACCUGCUCUGUGAGGUAG